AUGGCGGUCCCCGGAGAGCUCGACGGCGGCGCGGCGCACGUCAUGUUCAUCCCAAGCGCCGGGAUGGCCCACCUCGUACCCUUCUUCCGCUUCAUCACGGCUCUCUCGAGCCACGGUGUCCACUGCUCCGUCAUGACCGUCCUCCCGACAGUGUCCGACGCCGAGGCCGACCACUUCGCGGCGCUGUUCGCAGCGUUCCCACGCAUCCAGCGCGUCGACUUCAACCUCCUGCCGCUGGACGCCACCGCGUUCCCGGGCACCGACCCGUUUCUGCUCCGGUGGGAGGCCCUUCGCCGCUCGGCCCACCUCCUCGACCGGCUCAUCGCCGGCGCCACCCCGCGCGUCUCAGCCGUCGUCACCGACGUGACCCUCGCCUCCCACGUGAUUCCAGUCACGAAGCAGCUGCAGCUGCCAUGCCACGUCCUGUUCAUCUCGAGCGCCACCAUGCUCUCCCUCGUCGCCUACUUCCCCAUCCACCUCGACAAGAAGCAGGACGACGGAGGUGCAGCAGGCGUCGGCGUCGGUGACGUUGACAUCCCCGGCGUGCGUCGCAUCCGGCAGUCCUCCCUCCCGCAGCCGCUGCACGAUCUGAACCACCUCUUCACCAAGCAGUUCAUUGACAACGGCCGUGCGCUGAGCCAAGCCGACGGCAUCCUGGUGAACACGUUCGACGCACUGGAGCCCAUGGCGCUUGCUGCCCUGAGAGAUGGCAAGGUGGUCCCUGGGUUCCCGCCGGUGUACGCCAUCGGCCUGCUCAAAUCGUCAUCGUCAACCAGCAGCAGCAGCACAGACGGCGCCGGCGGUGAGAGGCAGGCGGCGGCGGCCUCCUCCUCCCCUGUCAUUGCUUGGCUGGGAGAGCAGCCGGAAAGGUCGGUGGUGUACAUCGCGUUCGGGAGCCGCAUCGCCGUGAGCCACGAGCAGAUCCGCGAGAUGGGCGCGGGGCUGGAGGCGAGCGGGUGCCGGUUCCUGUGGGUCCUCAAGACGACGGUGGUCGACCGCGAGGACACGGCCGAGCCGCGCGACGUCCUCGGCGACGAGUUCCUGGAGCGCGUGAAGGGCCGCGGUCUGGUGACCAAGGGGUGGGUGGAGCAGGAUGCCGUGCUUCGCCACGCCGCCGUGGGGCUGUUCCUGAGCCACAGCGGGUGGAACUCCGUGACGGAGGCGGCGGCCUGCGGCGUGCCGCUGCUGGCGUGGCCGCGGGGCGGCGACCAGCGCGUGAACGCCAUGGCGCUGGAGAGCGGCGGCGUCGGGGUGUGGAUGGAGCGCUGGAGCUGGGACGGGGAGGACGGGGUAGUGAGCGGGAGGGAGAUUGGGGAGAAGGUGAAGGCGGCGAUGGCUGACGCCGCGGUCAGGGCAGGGGCGGCGAGGGCCAGCCAGGAGGCCGCCAAGGCCGUCGCCGAGGGAGGCACCAGCUACCGGAGCAUGCAGGAGUUCAUCGGCAAGCUCAAGGCUAGCUAA